CGACGGUUGAUAUGAUAUCAGCUAAGAAUCUCAUGUAAGCAUGCGCACACAGAGCCUGUCUCGUUUACUGAUGGGAGAGGAUUCGAGGGACUGUGCUAUACGUAGCUCGGGGAAGCCCCACGAAAUGUCUUUGGGUUAGGAAAAACACAUAUAAAAUUUACCUUCUGUGAUAUCCUCAACAUCUCCUUUGUCACCGAAACACUGGGUGAACUUCCAGGUGGGAGAGUUAGAAUCUCCGUCCACCAUAUUCGCGAUAAACUGGGGUGAAGCUACCUAAGCUCCGACCCGUAUCUCGGUUCAGAGAAGGUGUGCGUUGUAGGUGGUUAGAGUAACUUAUCGCAGCCGGUACUAAUGAGGGCUCGGCGAUGGUGCGAUGGUGCGAUGAGGUGAUGAGGCGAUGGAGGGUUGGUACGCGAUUUGAGGUGAGGACAGACCGAGAAGCGUGUCGAGUUAUCUUGCGGCUGCUGGAGAUAGGUAGGCUUGGUAGGCUGGGAUGUGGGAAAAGGUAAUCGGAGGGGCGGGUCUAGGGCGGCGGGGUGCUGUACGUAUUGACGGCGUGGGAGUUUGGAAAGAUGCGAAGGUCCUUAGGCGGUUGGUUGGUGCGCUCGCUCCCAAUGACUUUUGCGGUCGGCGAGAUCAAGAAAUGUGCAGACAAUGAGACUUCGGGUCAAUCAAAAAGUCAUGCACAACAGUCAAAAUGUGGUCGGAAAUACCCGCUGGCUGUCAGGAGGGAAGGGGGGGGAGGGGGGAAUGAUGGGAGAAAAAAAAAGAAUACACGAGCAGCUGCAAAAUGACGGCAAAGCGUAGUCGUUGGUAUUUUGGGGGUGAGUGAUGUGAUGCUAGUUUAUGGUCCUGGGAGUGGUCCUGGCAGUAGUACGUUAUGGGCUAUGGGCUAUGGGCAAGGGUCUGGGCGGUUUGGCAGUUCUGGGUCGGGAAUUUGGGGGAGGAGUGGGAAGGGUAAUUUGAUUGUUUGAUUGAUGCUCAGAUGCUUUACCUGUUGCGUGGUCCGCUUAUGUCAGUUGCGGGCCUGCCGAUUUUGGUUUGCUUCAGUGCUGUAUCUUGGUACCUGGUUAGCUACAAGAUGCUCUAUCUUAGUACAUAGGUAAUUCC